UCCGCCCUGACCUCCUCACCCAGCUCACACGCAUCUCUCUCACCUCCGGCGAAAACACACCAGCGCGCCCCUCUCCCCUCGCUUCCCCGCCGCAAUGUCGACCGACGCCGCUGCCGCCGACAUCCCGGUGCCUCAGGUGGAGGCGACCGCCGACCCCGUCGUGGAGACAACGGCUGACGCCGCCGCCGGCGACGCGAAGGCGACCAAGGCUACCAAGGCCAAGGCCAAGGCCGCCAAGACCCCCAAGGCGAAGAAGCCCUCCGCCCCGAGGAAGCCCAAGGCCACCCCCGCCCACCCGACCUACGCUGAGAUGGUGACGGAGGCGAUCGCCGCGCUGAAGGAGAGGAACGGGUCGAGCACCGUCGCCAUCGCCAAGUACAUCGAGGACAAGCACAAGGCGCACCUCCCGGCCAACUUCCGCAAGUUCAUGCUGACGCAGAUCAAGAAGCUCGUGGCCGCCGGCAAGCUGACCAAGGUCAAGGCCUCCUACAAGCUCACCAAGGCCCCCGCAGCGCCCAAGAAGCCCAAGACCAAGGCGCCCGCCAAGAAGAAGCCGGCGGCGAAGAAGAAGGCGCCGGCCAAGAAGCCCGCCGCCAAGUCCCCAGCCAAGAAGAAGCCCGCCGCCAAGCCGAAGGCCAAGGCCCCAGCCAAGACCACCAAGGCCGCCGCCAAGCCCAAGGCCGCUGCCAAGGCCAAGGCUCCAGCCAAGACCACCAAGGCCGCCGCGAAGCCCAAGCCGGCCGCCAAGACGAAGGCGCCCGCCAAGCCUCGGGGCCGCCCCGCCAAGGCCGCCAAGACCUCCGCCAAGGACGCGCCAGGGAAGAAGGCGCCCGCCGCCGCCAGCACCCCCAAGAAGGCCGCCCCCAGGAAGCCGCCCACCAAGCGGUCGGCGCCGGUGAAGAAGGCCACGCCCGCCAAGAAGGCCCCCGCCAAGAAGGCCAAGAAGUAGAGCGUCUCCGUCCUCCCGCAACAAGUCUCCCGUAGCAGUUUUCCCCUGUUCUGUGUCGGUGGUAGUCCAGGAUUCUGUGUUCUAGACUGUAAAUUUUACAUCCGGGUCGGGGUGCGCUGGUUCAAUCCGGCGUACCCUUGGAGGUGUAUCUGUGGGUGAAACGAUGACGACGACGACGGCGGCGGCGAGGGUUUGUCCCCCGGCCUCCGCAUUACCGUAGCAGCUUGAUUUGUCGAGGUUUUUUAGCGUAGCAAGAUCCAUGUGAUGGGUGUCGAAAACAAAUAGUGCAUUGUUUAUCUAAUUAAUUAUGAUUAUGAUCAA